CUUCACAAACGACACACACAAAUGCUGCGUCAUUUCUGCAAAAGGGAUAAGUUAUGAGUCCAAUUAACAAAUGAGACUCAAAAAAGAAAAUGGACAAUACUUCAGAUUCUUCUUCUUCUAGUAGUAGUAGAGUUGUGUGGUUAAUUGCAGUUCCCUUGAUUUUAGUGCCUCUGUAUUUUGGUCUACAAAGUUCAACAAGCUCUACUUUGGUCCUUUCUUUUGGAAAAUUUUCUUCGGCAACAAAUUAUGAUUCUUCCAAGAAUAUUAAUCCACCAAUUGGUGAAUUAGAAAAGAAGUUGAUGAGCAGUUUAGAGAGAGUUGAAGCUGGUCUUGUAAGAGUGAGAGCUGAUAUAAAAGAAGCACAGAGAAAAAAUCAAACAUUCGAUGAUCCUGAGUAUGUCUCUACUGGUCAAAUUUACGGGAACCCCACUACCUUUCACAGGAGUUACUUGGAAAUGGAAAAACAUUUUAAGAUAUACGUAUACGAGGAAGGUGAUCCCCCUGUAUUUCACUAUAGUGCUAGUCAAGGAAUCCUGAGAAUUGAAGGAAUUCUGAUUCAUCAGAUUGAGAUUAGCAAGUUCCAUACUAAUGAUCCUGAAAAAGCCAAUGUUUACUUCCUCCCGUUCAGUGUCUUAUCGAUAGUGAGCUAUGUUUAUGUUGUCGAUUCUCGGGAAUGGGGUCCUAUGCGGAAUACAGCAGCAGAUAACAUUGACAGUAUCUCAAGAAAAUAUCCUUAUUGGAAUAGAAGCCUUGGAUCUGAUCACUUCAUGCUUGCUUGCCAUGAUUGGGCUCCUAAAAUUUCCUUUGCUGUUCCUUACUUAUAUAAAAACUCGAUACGAGUUCUAUGCAAUGCAAAUACCUCUGAAAGAUUCGACCCUAUCAAGGAUGUAUCCUUGCCAGAAAUCUAUCUCCCUCAUGGUACAACGAAUGGCUUAAUUGGAGGGUCGUCUCCAUCCCAUCGUUCUGUUUUAGUUUUCUACGCGGGAGGAACCCAUGGCUACAUAAGGCAAGUGCUAAUGGAGCAGUGGGGAAAAAACAACGAUCCGGACGUGCAAAUCCACAAGUACCUUCCAAAGAACGUGUCGUACUAUGGCAUGAUUAGAAAGAGCAAGUACCGUAUUUGCCCGAGUGGCUAUGAAGUGGUCAGCAAUAGAAAAUAGGGACUCAUUAACUGUUGAACGUUGAGUUUACAACAACAACAACUGAACGUUGAGUUUGAAAUUAUAAUUUUCUGGCUACUCUUAUUGGCUCAAGGUAAAUUUCUGUAUCCGAUGCUCCUUGAUUUAAUUCAGUCAAUCCACCAUAGCUCUCAACAAUGUUAAAACCAAAAGCCAUAACCUAGUGGUUUGUAAACUAAUGGAUUUAAUUUACGUACCUUUGCACGCGUUAAAAAU